AUCGAAAGGGGUGAGGCUAAGAUCCAUCGCCGUGCUGCAGUCAAGCGUGCUCUUGAUCUAAAAAUGUCACGUUAUCGAGCCCCCUUUCAUCAGCUACGAAUCCAAUAUGGUACGAAUAAAGGGAAAAAUUACACGGAAGAAGAAGAUCGUUUUCUUAUUUGUAUGCUGCAUAAACUUGGCUUUGAGCGCGAUAGUGUUUAUGACGAUCUCCGAUUGGCUGUCCGACUUGCCCCCCAAUUUCGCUUCGAUUGGUUCCUCCGCUCGCGCACAGCAAUGGAGCUCCAGCGUCGCUGCAGUACCCUCAUCACUCUGAUUGAACGCGAAGUAUGUGAUACAUUCGAUAGCAAGCAGUCAAAUCAUUUGUCCAUCGGGUCUAAUCUUGUUUCAGGACCCGGGUCUACCAAAAGGAAGCCUAGUGACACAUCCUGUAUAGGUUCUGCUGCGGCGGCUGGGGAUGUACCGAGUGGAAAAAGAAAAAAACUGAAUUCUUAG